AUGAGCUUUAUCAUUAGAGAAAACAAUCAAUACAAGAGGUUUAUCUCACCUCCAGUGACUCCCAAGCAUGACACUGAAGCUUGCUUUAUGAAAUCAAAUGUCGUGGAGCAGUACAAUGCAUCGACAUUGCCGCUAUCUCCUCCUUCAUACCCAAUGACAUCUCCAUUGCAUCGUCGCCGAGAAUCAUCCUUUGAUUCCUCUUCCAGUAGUCAUUCUGCCACCAGUCAUCAAAACAAAAGAAAGCAACGCAGCCCUUCUCGAUCUCCUUCAUCCACAACAGAUGGUGUCUUCCGAAUGCCUCUAGAUAUACUCACAAAGGCAUUGAACAUUGUGCCAAAUCAACAAGCCUAUUCUGCUACUUACUGUGGGCCAGUAAUAACACCACAAUCAUCACCGUCUUUGCCCAAGGAAAGAAAAAGAAAGAGAGGAAAUGACUGUAUCACCCCCAUCCUACAAGCAUUGGAACAAGGAGAAGAUCAAAAAGAACAGCAAGAACAGAUAGAACCACACCACCAUUGCAGCAGCAGGAAGAGAAACAGCGCAUUUGCAUUAUCAUCGUUACUGUUGCCUACGCCAUUACCAUCUCAACCAGAGCCGUCUCAACCUGUUGCUCCACCAGCAGAAUUCAUCAAGAAAUCUGGUACCAGUGCAGCACACACCUACGACAAUUUAAGUGCAGAUUGUGAUCAAGCAAGUCUAUUCCGUAAUUCGGAAGAAUGGAUCCCAAGCCUUGAAGUGUUCAAUCGAAGACCAACCAUCCGAGUGUCAUGGAAAGGAUCUCCACUUAAAAUCAAAACCAUGCCAUAUUAUGACAAAUUGCAUCCAGGAGAAGCAACUAUCGCAGCUACACUUCGUCUCACACCAGAACAAUAUCUAAAGUGCAAAUGGGCCCUUGUUCUAGCAGCCAAAGAAGCAGAUGAAACAGGCGCUCUAUUCAGAAAAUCAGAGGCCCAGAAAGUCUGUUGUAUUGAUGUAAACAAGACUAGCGUACUUUGGAAUGCUUUCGGUCGCCUGGGCUGGCUAGGAUCCAAGUGGCCACAGUAA